GUAGUACAAUAGAGCUGUUGUGUCGUGGUGGAGAGGGUGAUUUCUGCUUUUGGGAUAUUGACAGUGGGACAGAAACGAGAAAAAUAAGAAAAACACCGGUAUUUACCGCACCUCAGCGCUGCUGACUUAAAGACAGCCUUGCGAAGUCUGUCGGCGCGCGCGAUCGUCCUGAAGCACAGCAUUUUUGCAUGUGAGGCAUGAGCCAGAGAAAGAAGCCGCACAAGCGAGGAAAAUAGUAGCAUGGUUUUUGAAUUUAUGGAUAAGUCAGGAUGAAACGACUCAGGACUCCAAGCAGCAGUGACAGUUCAGACAAUGAAAGUCCCUCGACGUCCUUUUCCUCUAACAAGUAUGGAAGCAAACCAGGCACCCCCGCCUCUGCUCAGAAGAAACCAGCAGAGGUGUUCAGAAAAGACCUGAUCAGUGCGAUGAAGCUGCCGGACUCACACCAUAUUUCUUCAGAGGAUUAUUACCUGUUGGCGGACACAUGGAAGCAGGAAUGGGAGAAAGGAGUGCAGGUGCUGGCCAGUCCAGACACUAUCCCUCAGCCCUCCGUGAGAAUAAUCACAGAGAAGCCAAAGGAAGUGCUCUUCUCCAAACCAAGGAAAUAUAUUCAGUGCUGGAGUCAGGACUCCUCAGAGACGGGCUACGUCAACAUUAAGGAGCUGGCGGAGGCUAUGUGCAGAUACGAUCUGGAUGAUAUGGAUUUGUACUGGCUCCAGCAGCUCAAUGCAGAGCUGGGGAUGAUGGGGGAAGGAGUGGUGGAUGAGCUGACGAUGGAACGGGUGAUGGAGGCACUGGAGAGACAGUGUCAUGAAAACAUGAACCACGCCAUCGAGACCGAGGAAGGUUUAGGAAUCGAGUACGAUGAGGACGUCAUUUGUGAUGUGUGUCGCUCACCUGACAGCGAGGAGGGCAAUGAUAUGGUGUUUUGUGAUAAGUGCAACAUUUGCGUGCACCAGGCCUGCUAUGGCAUUGUAAAGGUGCCAGAUGGAAACUGGCUGUGCAGAACUUGUGUGCUUGGCAUCACUCCGCAGUGCCUUCUGUGUCCUAAAACGGGAGGCGCAAUGAAAGCCACCAGAGCUGGCACUAAAUGGGCUCAUGUUAGCUGUGCCCUCUGGAUACCUGAGGUGAGCAUUGCAUGCCCAGAGCGCAUGGAGCCCAUCACCAAAGUGUCCCACAUUCCACCCAGCCGCUGGUCACUCAUCUGCAGUCUGUGUAAACUCAAGACAGGAGCCUGCAUACAGUGUUCGGUUAAGAACUGCACCAUCCCUUUCCACGUCACCUGUGCUUUCGAGCACAGCCUGGAGAUGAAGACCAUCCUGGAUGAAGGUGAUGAAGUCAAGUUUAAAUCCUACUGCCUAAAGCACAGCAAACCCAAAGCAGGAGAACCGGGCUUGAGUCCGGCCCGCCACAAACCUCCAACUGAGACUGACAAACUGAGUCUGAGGGCACAGAAGCUUCAGGAGCUGGAGGAGGAGUUUUACAUGUAUGUCCAUCCUGAAGAAGUGGCCCAUGACCUCAGCCUGCCGCUCCACCUGCUGGAUUUCAUCUUUCAAUACUGGAAGAUGAAGAGGAAAAGCAACUUCAACAAGGCCCUGCUACCACCCAAAGAAGAUGAGGAAAACCUACUGCUGCAACCACAGGAGGACAGCAUUCAUACACGCAUGCGCAUGUUCAUGCACCUGCGCCAGGACCUGGAAAGGGUGAGAAACUUGUGCUACAUGGUGAGUCGAAGAGAGAAACUAAAGCUGUCCCAGAGUAAAGCUCAAGAACAGAUUUUCAAUCUACAUGUCAAGCUUGUCAACCAAGAGUUAUCUGCAGGGCUUCCAGUGUCCUCUUCAAUAGAGAACCUACUUUUCCACCCUCCACCCAGAAUAACCUUAAAACUGAAAAUGCCCAAAGUACAGCUCGGCAACGGUAAAAGCAGCUCCAAAUCCGGUAAUGGACCCUUAUGCCCGGAUAACAGCUGCAACCUUUAUGACACUAGUGAAGGAGGGAUCGGUCAGGGCAAACCGCAGCUCCAUCUAGGACGACAACGAAUGGAGGAGCGAAUCAACGGUAUCCUCCCCGCCUCCAUAUACAUCCGACGAGAUGGCGGGACGCCACCGUUAGCGGUAAAACAAUCAGGCAAACCUUUAGCUCUACACGCCGCCCUCCACGGUCAAUCAUCCAACGGGAAGACCAAAGCGGAAGCAGAAAAAACGCGGCAAAUAAAAGCCAACGGCAUUUUAGACAAACCCAUUCUCCAAAGAGACACUUCCUGCCAGGCGGCCAGUGAGAAAGAUCCCCGCAGCGAGCUUUCAGGGAAAAGUCAGUCGUCUGGAUUCCACAAAACCUCUCUUGAGCACUUUAGUCGAUCUCUCAAGGAGGCCACUGUCAGUUUAGUACGGACCGAGGACCUUCGGGCCUUUGAAAAGAACUCACGCAAGUCUUCUGGAUUCUCCAAACCGCUUUCCACCGAGCGGCCGCUAGGGGGCGGCAGAGCGUCUCAGGAAAGCGAUGGUUACUGUCCGGACGCAGAGCUCAGUGAUUCUGAACCCGAAGCCAAAGGGAAGUGCAGGCAAGGAGGAAGGACUCAAACUCAGAGAGGAGAUUAUGUCAAGUCUGCCAGUCGAGCAAAACACUCUUAUGGCUCUAGGACGUCGGUGCAAAGGUGACAAUCUUCACAAGCAUUACAAACACCCCACUGCCAUGAGUUAUUACCGUUACUUAGACUUCUGGUGGGACAUCGGAAGUGCCAGAUUCUAGUUUUCCUCUGUUGAGGAUCAUUUGGUUGCUUUUUUUUGUAGUGCCAAAACAUGGCUGGCUGGUUGGAGAAGUGCAGUUGGUCUAUUUUUGUGUGCGUCUGUGUGUGUUGGGCAUGAUUUAUCACUGUGUUUUCUAUCCUGCCGAAGUGUUUCUGCUGCACUUGGACUCAUGAGAGCAUUAUGGGUGGUGAAGCAGUGUUGUACAUAAAAAAGCAAGGUCGUUUUUUACACUGUACAUAGUAGUUUGUUGAGAUAUGAGAAACAUUGAGGUGUUUUCCACGUACAGAAACAUAAUUUCUUACUGACAUGCUUAUGCAAAAAAUAAAAGACUUGAGGACUCUGAUCUGACAAA